CCCCCAAUCAGUAUAGAUCUGUUCGUUCCUAGACAGUUACUUUGUAGCUGUUAGCAGGAAACCUGUGAAUAAUAAGGAUGGCAAGUGUAUCCAGAGUCCUGACCAAGAGGAUUUUAUUAACUAAAGCCUUCCCUGCAGCAACCCGAUGCAGCUCCAGGAACAUCCACUUCUCCAUCUAUGGGAAGAAGGACAACGCCAAAGUGUCAGAUGAUAUCUCAACCCAGUACCCGGUAGUGGAUCAUGAGUUUGAUGCGGUGGUGGUAGGGGCUGGGGGAGCAGGUCUGAGAGCUGCUUUUGGUCUGUCUGAGGCUGGCUUCAACACGGCCUGUGUCACCAAGCUGUUCCCCACUAGGUCUCACACUGUGGCAGCACAGGGUGGGAUCAAUGCAGCCCUGGGUAACAUGGAGGGAGAUGAUUGGAGGUGGCACUUCUACGACACAGUGAAGGGAUCUGAUUGGCUAGGGGACCAGGAUGCUAUCCACUACAUGACAGAGCAGGCCCCAGCUGCCGUGGUGGAGCUGGAGAACUUUGGAAUGCCCUUCAGUCGGACAGAGGAUGGGAAGAUCUAUCAGAGGGCCUUCGGGGGUCAGAGCCUGAAUUUUGGAAAGGGAGGCCAAGCACACCGAUGCUGCUGUGUAGCUGACAGGACUGGACACUCCCUUCUUCACACAUUGUAUGGACGGUCCUUAAGGUAUGAUACCAGCUACUUUGUGGAGUACUUUGCCCUGGACCUGCUGAUGGAGGAUGGUGAAUGCAGAGGAGUGAUCGCUCUCUGUAUGGAGGAUGGAUCCAUCCACCGCUUCAGAGCCAACAACACUGUCAUCGCUACUGGUGGUUAUGGCCGUACCUACUUCAGCUGUACCUCAGCCCACACCAGCACCGGGGAUGGCAACGCCAUGGUAACCAGAGCUGGCCUACCAUGCCAGGACCUGGAGUUUGUACAGUUCCACCCCACCGGUAUCUAUGGUGCCGGCUGCCUCAUCACUGAGGGUUGCCGUGGCGAGGGAGGGAUCCUCAUCAACAGUGAAGGAGAGCGCUUUAUGGAACGCUACGCUCCCAACGCCAAAGAUCUGGCCUCCCGGGAUGUGGUGUCACGCUCCAUGACCAUUGAGAUCCGCGAGGGAAGGGGUUGUGGUCCAGAGAAGGACCAUGUGUACCUGCAGUUGCAUCACCUGCCCCCCCAGCAGCUGGCCACCCGCCUGCCUGGUAUCUCUGAGACCGCCAUGAUCUUCGCUGGGGUUGACGUCACCAAAGAGCCCAUCCCUGUCCUGCCCACCGUCCACUACAACAUGGGAGGAAUCCCCACUAACUAUAAGGGACAGGUCAUAACUCAUCCAGAUGGGGAGGACAAGGUGGUGCCAGGGCUGUAUGCCUGUGGUGAGGCUGCCUGUGCCAGUGUCCAUGGUGCCAACCGGCUGGGUGCCAACUCCCUGCUGGAUCUGGUGGUGUUUGGCAGAGCCUGUGCCCUCACCAUUGCUGACACCUGCACUCCAGGUGAGAAGCUUUCCCCACUGAAGCCCAGUGCUGGAGAGGAGUCUGUGGCCAACCUGGACAAGAUCAGGUUUGCUGACGGGAACACCAGAACCUCUGAGAUCAGACUCAACAUGCAGAGAACGAUGCAGAACCAUGCAGCAGUGUUCCGUACCGGUGACGUUCUGAAGGAGGGAUGUGACAAGAUGGACGCCAUCUACCAGACCAUGGAGGACAUCAAGACAUUCGACCGUGGUGUGGUGUGGAACACUGACCUGGUCGAGUCUCUGGAGCUGCAGAACCUGAUGCUGAACGCGGUCCAGACUAUCCACUCUGCCGAGGCCCGCAAGGAGACCAGGGGAGCACACGCCCGGGAGGACUACAAGGAGCGUAUGGAUGAGCUGGACUACGCCAGGCCUCUGGCAGGACAGGAGAGGAAGCCUUUCCAACAGCAUUGGAGAAAACACACAAUGUCCACUGUGGAUCCUAAGACUGGCAAGGUAAAACAACUACCACGACUCCUGUCUGUCUGGCAAGGUAAAACAACUACCACGACUCCUGUCUGUCUGGCAAGGUAAAACAACUACCACGACUCCUGUCUGUCUGGCAAGGUAAAACAACUACCACGACUCCUGUCUGUCUGGAAAGGUAAAACAACCACCACGACUCCUGUCUGUCUGGCAAGGUAAAACAACUACCACAACUCCUGUCUGUCUGGCAAGGUAAAACAACUACCACGACUCCUGUCUGUCUAGCGAGGUAAAACAACUACCACGACUCCUGUCUGUCUGGCGAGGUAAAACAACUACCACGACUCCUGUCUGUCUGGCGAGGUAAAACAACUACCACGACUCCUGUCUGUCUGGCAAGGUAAAACAACUACCACGACUCCUGUCUGUCUGGCAAGGUAAAACAACUACCACGACUCCUGUCUGUCUGGCAAGGUAAAACAACUACCACGACUCCUGUCUGUCUGGCAAGGAAAAACAACUACCACGACUCCUGUCUGUCUGGCAAGGUAAAACAACUACCACGACUCCUGUCUGUCUGGCAAGGUAAAACAACUACCACGACUCCUGUCUGUCUGGCAAGGUAAAACAACUACCACGACUCCUGUCUGUCUGGCAAGGUAAAACAACUACCACGACUCCUGUCUGUCUGGCAAGGUAAAACAACUACCACGACUCCUGUCUGUCUGGCAAGGUAAAACAACCACCACGACUCCUGUCUGUCUGGAAAGGUAAAACAACCACCACGACUCCUGUCUGUCUGGCAAGGUAAAACAACUACCACGACUCCUGUCUGUCUGGCAAGGUAAAACAACUACCACGACUCCUGUCUGUCUAACGAGGUAAAACAACUACCACGACUCCUGUCUGUCUGGCGAGGUAAAACAACUACCACGACUCCUGUCUGUCUGGCAAGGUAAAACAACUACCACGACUCCUGUCUGUCUGGCAAGGUAAAACAACUACCACGACUCCUGUCUGUCUGGCAAGGUAAAACAACUACCACGACUCCUGUCUGUCUGGCAAGGUAAAACAACUACCACGACUCCUGUCUGUCUGAUGGAAACACAUAGGGACAAUCUUCCCUGAACAGAAUCAAGCCUGUCUGGACUAAAAAGCAUGCUCUUGAUUGAACAUACUGUUUAGUCCAGAAAUAGGUUUUUGGAUGGAGAUGGAGAAAUACAAAUGAGUGCCUUUGGACUGAUCUAUUAUUAGGAGACUGAUCUAUUAUUAGGAGACUGAUCUAUUAUUAGGAGACUGAUCUAUUAUUAGGAGACUGAUCUAUUAUUAGGAGACGGAUCUAUUAUUAGGAGACUGAUCUAUUAUUAAGGGACUGAUCUGGUAUAAGGAGACUGAUCUGCUAUUAGGAGACUGAUCUGGUAUUAGGAGACUGAUCUGGUAUUAGGAGACUGAUCUACUAUUAGGAGACUGAUCUGCUAUUAGGAGACUGAUCUGCUAUUAGGAGACGGAUCUGUAAUUAGGAGACUGAUCUGGUAUUAGGAGACUGAUCUGCUAUUAGGAGACUGAUCUGUUUUUAGGAGACUGAUCUGUAAUUAGGAGACUGAUCUGUAAUUAGGAGACUGAUCUGUAAUUAGGAGACGGAUCUGUAAUUAGGAGACGGAUCUGUAAUUAGGAGACGGAUCUGUAAUUAGGAGACGGAUCUGUAAUUAGGAGACGGAUCUGUAAUUAGGAGACGGAUCUAUUAUUAGGAGACGGAUCUAUUAUUAGGAGACUGAUCUGGUAUUAGGAGACGGACGGAUCUGUAAUUAGGAGACUGAUCUGGUAUUAGGAGACUGAUCUGGUAUUAGGAGACUGAUCUACUAUUAGGAGACUGAUCUGCUAUUAGGAGACUGAUCUGCUAUUAGGAGACGGAUCUGUAAUUAGGAGACUGAUCUGGUAUUAGGAGACUGAUCUGCUAUUAGGAGACUGAUCUGUUUUUAGGAGACUGAUCUGUAAUUAGGAGACUGAUCUGUAAUUAGGAGACUGAUCUGUAAUUAGGAGACGGAUCUGUAAUUAGGAGACGGAUCUGUAAUUAGGAGACGGAUCUGUAAUUAGGAGACGGAUCUGUAAUUAGGAGACGGAUCUAUUAUUAGGAGACGGAUCUAUUAUUAGGAGACUGAUCUGGUAUUAGGAGACGGACGGAUCUGUAAUUAGGAGACUGAUCAGGUAUUAGGAGACGGAUCUGUAAUUAGGAGACGGAUCAGGUAUUAGGAGACGGAUCUGUAAUUAGGAGACGGAUCUGUAAUUAGGAGACGGAUCUGUAAUUAGGAGACGGAUCUGUUAUUAGGAGACGGAUCUGUAAUUAGGAGACGGAUCUGUAAUUAGGAGACGGAUCUGUAAUUAGGAGACGGAUCUGUAAUUAGGAGACGGAUCUGUAAUUAGGAGACGGAUCUGUAAUUAGGAGACGGAUCUGUUAUUAGGAGACGGAUCUGUUAUUAGGAGACGGAUCUGUUAUUAGGAGACGGAUCUGUUUUUAGGAGACUGAUCUCUCUGUCAUG